AUGCCCGUACCAAUGGAAAAAGGCGACAACACCGCAACAGCCUACCGCGGCCCCAAACUCCCCAACGUACCAGAAGACAUAGUAGUGACAGACGCACUAAAUCUUCAAUGCGACGAACGCCUUUGGGUCCCACAAGCUCCAGACGUCUGGUUCCGACCACUAUGCUUCAACGUCUCGCACGGCUACUUCGUGAAUAUCCUGCGUGUACGCAAAAACGGCAUUCUCUCGCGCCACAGACACACCGGACCCGUCCAUGCGACUGUUCUGCGUGGCCGCUGGCAUUAUCUCGAGCAUCCGUGGUGGGCAGAGGAGGGCGGAUAUGCGUUCGAGCCUCCUGGUGAUAUCCAUACGCUUGAGGUUCCUGAGGGCGUCGAGGAGAUGGUGACGCUGUUUCAUGUUACCGGGGCUUAUAUCUAUGUUGAUCCUGAGGGGACGGCGCUGGGUGUGGAGGAUGUUUUCAGUAAGCUGGAGGCUGCGAGGAAGCAUUAUGAGGAGGUUGGUCUUGGGGCUGCGUUUGCGGAUCAGUUUGUUAGGUAG